UGAAGUCCACACAAUUCAGAUUCAGCAAAAUGUUGUUUUCUUUCUCAGUUUCAAAGUUAUUAACCCUAACAAGGUAUGCUUUCUCUCUUUCUUCCAUUCCCAAUUUUCUUCCAAUUUCUUCUUCAAACACUUUCCUUCUUUCAUUCUCUUCUCAUUCUCGUUUCAAUUCCAACGAAUUUGAUGUUAAUCAUGCUGUUUCCUCAUUCCAUCGCAUGCUCUCUAUGAAUCCUACCCCAUCCAUUGUUCAAUUCAAUAGAAUUUUAACUUCUUUUGUUAAGAUGAAGCAUUAUCCCACUGCUAUUUCUCUUUCUCACCUAUUGGAAUUCAAUGGAAUUAUGCCUGAUAUUUUUACUUUUAAUAUCUUGAUUAAUAGUUACUGCCACUUAGGUCAAAUGAAUUUUUCAUUUUCUAUAUUGGGAAAGAUUCUCAAGAUGGGAUUUCAGGAAAAUACCAUAACCUUGAAUACUCUUAUGAAAGGUCUUUGUCUUAACAAUAAGAUUCGGGAAGCUCUGCACUUUCAUGAUCAUGUGGUGGCAAAGGGAUUUCAGUUGGAUCAAGUUAGUUAUGGAAUCUUGAUCAAUGGGUUGUGUAAAAUGGGGGAAACAAGACCCGUGCUGCAAUUGCUGAGACGAAUUGAUGGGAAAUUGGCCAAUGUGGUAAUGUAUAGCACUAUCAUUGAUAGUUUGUGUAAAGAUAAAUCUAUAAACGAUGCUUACGAGUUGUAUGUUGAGAUGAUUGCAAAGAGAAUUUCUCCUAAUGUUAUCACUUUCAAUAAUCUAUUAUAUGGAUUUUGUAUUGUUGGUCAAUUGAAAGAAGCAUUUGGUUUGUUCCAUGAAAUGGUAUUGAAAAACGUCAACCCAAAUGAUUAUACUUUUACUAUAUUGGUUGAUUCCUUAUGCAAGGAAGGAAAGGCCAAAGAAGCUAUGAAUGUGUUGGCUAUAAUGAUAAAAGAUGGUGUAAAACCGAACGCUGUAAUGUAUGGUGCUUUGAUGAAUGGGUAUUGCUUAGUUAAUCAAGUGAACAAGGCCAUAAAAAUAUUCAACACUUUGGUGCACCAGGGAGUGGUGCCGAGUGUUCGGUGCUACAAUAUCAUUAUUAAUGGAUUGUGCAAGAAUAAAAUGGUGGACGAAGCCAUGAACUUGUUUAAAGAAAUGCAUAAUAAGAUGAUUGUUCCUGAUGUAGUAACUUAUAGUACCCUUAUUGAUGGUUUGUGUAAAUCGGGGAAAAUCUCUUAUGCUUGGGAACUUGUUGAUGAGAUGCAUCGUAUAGGUCUGCAAGUUGAUGUAAUCACUUAUAAUUCUCUAUUACAUGCUUUGUGCAAAAAGAAUCAUCUUGACCAGGCAAUUGCAUUGGUUAAGAAAAUGAAAGACCAAGGUAUUCAGCCAAGUAUGUCCACAUACAAUAUAUUGAUUGAUGGACUAUGCAAAGGUGGAAGGCUUAAGAAUGCACAAGUAGUGUUUCAUGAUCUUUUAACUAAAGGCUACCAACUAACUGUCUGGACAUAUAAUAUUAUGAUAAAUGGGUUUUGUAAGGAUUGCUUGUUUGACGAAGCACUUGCUUUGUUAUCAAGAAUGGAAGACAAUGGUUGUAUUCCUGAUUUUGUAAGUUAUGAAACAAUUAUUUAUGCCCUCUUUGACCAAGAUGAAAGAGAUAAGGCAGAAAAACUUCUACAUGAAAUGAUUUCUAGAGGUCUAUUGAAAAAGCAAAACUAGGUAACAUGCUUUCUUGUUACAUAGGAUUGGUAUGAAUGGGAUUGUGAAUAGGUAAUACUAUAAAAUUUGAACUCAAUUUGCUACAUCCAUUUGUUCUUAGCAAAUUAGAUAUGUCAAGGAAAAUGCACUUUUUUGUUUAUAGGGGCAGGUUCAUUCUAUCUUAAACAAUGUAUUUUUACCAUUGCUAUUUUAGAGUAUUCUUGGAGCUCCUUCUAGGUAGCUCCAUAGGAUAGCUCGCCCGUUGUACUUAUGUUUACAUAUGUGAACAUGGCUCAAUAGCAAAGUGAAGGGAUUCCCGUAGUCCAUUAAUCAUCAGAUACAAAUCCAAGGGUUUGCCUCAGUUUCAUUUAAGGACAUAUUUUAUCACA